AAUACCACUCGAUACCAACCACAGGUAUCGCCUUUUUGAUAAAGAGUUGGCACAUGGAGGGGUGACGUGCCUGAGACAACAAACAUUUUCCGACAAUUGCUGCUUUUUUAAAUUAGUUUUUUUUAAAAAGACAAAAUGGAAUAUCUUUUUACUGCUCCUUUUCUAUUUCUCGAGCCGCCGAAUUUGAAGAUAAAGAGGCCGUCAUGGUUUCACCAGCCUUCGGCCAUGGUUAUGUAUUCUUUCGUUCUUCUAUCUUAUUUUCUCGUCACCGGGGGUAUUAUUUAUGAUGUUAUAAUUGAACCGCCAAGUGUAGGUUCAACGACGGAUGAGCAUGGUCAUUCCAGACCGGUGGCAUUCAUGCCGUAUCGAGUCAAUGGGCAAUAUAUUGUUGAAGGACUUGCCUCUUCUUUCCUCUUUACACUUGGUGGGCUCGGGUUUGUAAUACUCGACCACACGCACAACCCUAUGACUCCUAAACUCAACAGAAUUUUGCUAAUAGCCGUCGGCUUCAUUUGCAUAUGCGUGUCUUUCAUCGCCUGCUGGGUAUUUAUGAAGAUGAAGCUUCCUGGAUACUUGAGAACAUAGAAGUAAAGGAGUGAUGGAAAUGAUGUGUUCAAUAUAAAAGUGUGAAAUGUGGAAAAUAAACUUUUUUUAAAUAUAUAUAAAAAAACUGUUUUUGAUUUUUGGUAGUAAUAAAAAAUUGUGACUUAAUUCUAAAUUAGACUAGAUUCUUGCUUUA